AUGAUGUCAGCUAUUGCACCCCCGUAUGUCCAGAAUAAUGGCAUGGUCAAACCCGGGGUCCCAGCUGCCGAUCGCCCGUUCGAAAAGAACUUGAACAUUCACGUAAUUUGCAAGGAUUGUAAGGAAUUCCCUCCAAAUCUUGUGGAAGAGUUCUCGUCCGGAGAUAUAGUGUGUGGCUCGUGCGGCUUGGUGCUCGGAGACCGCACUAUUGACACCCGAUCGGAAUGGCGAACGUUCUCGAACGACGACCAGGGCAAUGAUGAUCCCUCUCGUGUCGGUGAUAGCGCCAACCCUCUCCUCAACGGUAACCAGCUAGACACUGGUAUUAGCUUUUCCGAUGGUGGAAGCGGACGUGCCCGUGACCUCCAUCGUGCCCAGAAUAAAGUCACGCACGACAAGUCCACCAAGAGCUUGCUAGCUGCCUACAAAGAGAUCGGCGCCUUCUGCGAUUCUACUAACCUCCAGAAGAACGUAGCCGACACUGCGAAGCAGCUCUAUAAGUCUGUUGACGAUGCCAAAGCCUUCAAGGGCAAGCCGCAAGAAGUUAUCAUUGCGGGGUGCAUCUUCAUCGCCUGCCGAAAGUGUAACGUUCCACGUACCUUCCGUGAAAUCUUCGCGAUCACCAAAGUUCCAAAGAAAGAAAUUGGACGAGUCUUCAAGGCCCUCGAGAAAUUCUUUUCGCAGCAAGGCGAGGCUACUGUGGCAGAAAUCGUCAGUGGCGGUGGCAUCGCUAACGAGAAUGCUGGUUACACUUCAACUACCUCGACUAAGGCACAUGACCUGAUGAUCCGUUUCUGUAACAACUUGGGUCUUACGCACAACUUGAUCUACAUCUCGCAGGAGCUUGCAGAACGUGCCGCUCAAAAAGGAACACUUGCUGGGAGAUCUCCAAUUUCAUCCGCUGCUGCGUGUAUCUACAUGAUCUCGCAUCUUAUGCGUCAACCCAAGAGUGCAAAAGAGAUCUCAGCGGUUGCUGGUGUCAGCGAUGGUACUAUCAAGACUGCCUACAAGCUGCUCUACAACGAACGUACAGCAUUGGUCGAUCCCAAAUGGAUCGAGAACGGCAAGGCAACUGAACAGUCGGCAAUAACGCAAGAGAAUAAAACGCAAGGAGGGGCACCAAAUACGGGUGCGCAAGAGGGCAAAUACUUCACCGAGGAGGAAAUUGAAAAGUUGGCAGCACAGCUUGCUCAGAUGACACUUGCCGCCGAGCGAGUGAGGCAGCAUGGGGACCCGAAAAUAAUUGAGGAGGUUGAAAGAAGGCUCAGAAAUCUUCACUUGUCAUUUGAGAAGGCCAAAGCUUUUUCAAUUGCUAGACGGGAACAGACGAAAUUCUCUUCUGCGUCUGGUUCCGCCUGA